AUGGAACCUCUAUACCUUUCUGAAGGGUAUCUAAUUGACAAAGAAGGCCAAAUAUUUGCUAUAUCAGACAUCCUCGCAAUUUCAUUUACUAUAAACUUUGACGAAUCCUCAAAAGUAUCCUUUAUGAUCAAAAAAACAGACCAAACCUCCACAUGAAUUCAGUUUUGGCUCCUAAUUUUUCUGUUAAUCUUUGGAAUCCCAAUUGAAUUAUUAAUUUCCUAUUUUUCCUUUUCAGUUGCCUAUAUAAUAGCACUCUAUUCUAUGUUCAAAAUAUUCCCAAAGUAUUGGCGAAAAUACAAAGAAGUCAAUAAAAUAGGGUUUAAGCAGUAUCAUUUUGAUGACGUAGUAUUUUAAUUUUAAUUGUCUAUAACACAUUAACUUGCACUAGCAGGUUGCUCGACCACAGCUACCCCAAAAACAGCUCUGGGGAGAAUUUCGCACCAUUUUCCUCAAAAGUAUGACCAUCUCUGACUUUGCUCACCAGUGAGGACUCCAGUCUUGAAGUUUGGACUUGACAACUCUUCUUUGAGCUCAGGCACUUACUUGGGUCCGAUCGACAACCUAAAGGUUUCCAGUCUUCACCACCUAGUAAGUGGUACCAUUCUGUAAAAUUCCAUCCCCUAAGAUCUGGAGUCAGGUAGGAAAAACUGCCCGGCUCUGGCUUCCCUGACAAAGCUAGGAUAAUUUCACCAGGGAAACAACCUCAUAAUUAAAAUAUGCGAGAGAUGAAUUUUUUGUCAGGAGACCAGAAAAUUCGAGCGACGUCAUAUUUUAAUAUGAUGAUGUAGUAUCAUUUGCAAAAUUGCAAAAAGACAUUUUUCAAGACCAUUAUGGUAAAAAGCUGAUAAAGCGAGGAUUUAUCUUUGGAGAACACACUGAAAAAUUCUUGUUUGCGUUUAUGCCAGCAUUUAUAUAUAAUUGUUCAGCAUUUAGAGAAUGAGCUUAUUCUGUGACAAAAGUGGCUUAUCCUGCUUUUAUUGCUUUUUUAACCUUUUUUAUAUUCGGGUUAAAAUUGUGUGGGGUUUUAAUAAGAGGUAUUAGAAAUGAUGCAGUAAUCAGCAUGGUUAUUAGCUUUUUAAGGAGUUUUACACUGAUAAAUAUAUGCAUUACUCCAUUUAUUUUCACUUUGGAGUGCUUAUGAGUGUUGCUUUCAUAUUUAUGUGAAGGACUGGAUUUAAUUUUUGAGAAAAUAUGGAUGGUCGUUGUGCUAAUUUUAGUACCAUUUGAAUAUUUUAAGACAGGGACAAAAAAAUUUAUGAGAGCUAUCAGUCCUUCAUUAAGGAUUUUCAGGGUUUGGAUUGAAAAAAAUAAAUUGUACAAAAAUUGCAAGGAGUUUAGAAACAAGUAUAGCUCAUACCCCUUUAUAGAUUUCUAUAUCGAGCAAAAUGUCCUGGCCUCUUGAACGAUCAAAACAGAAUCUCUCAAAGAGAUGAUCUCAAUCUCUAUAUCAGUAAGUGUUAAAAAGUGACAUGCCAAAAAAUGGUGACAAGUGAGAAAAAAUUUGACAAGUAAACGCAUCAAUUUUUAAAAGGUCUUUAUAAAUUAAUAAUAAUUAUAAUGAUAAUAAUAAAUACAUAAAUAAUAAAUGAUAUUUAUAAAAUUUAUUAAUAAAAUUAGAUACCAUUCUCAGCUUCUCCAUACUGGACGAUAUCUUGUAUCAAGAAUAAGUCUAAAAAUUAUUGGAGAUUUUUAGAGAUGUCUCAACCGAAAGCAAUAACUAGUGGAGAAUUUUGAUUGGUUAGCGGGGGGAGUCGCACUUUUGAAUUUUUCUUUAGAUACUAUUUCAAGUCAGUUUCUCCAUACUGGGCACCAUAUUGAUGACAUCUUGUAUUAAGCAUAAAUCCAAAAAUUAUUGGAGAUUUUGAGAGAUGUCUUAACUGAAGCAAGAACUCUUGGAGACCUUUGAUGUGUUAAAGGGGGGAAUCACACUUUUGAAUUUUUCUCUAUAAGCUAUUUCAUGUUAGUUUCUUAAUACUGGACUCCAUCUUGAUGACAUCUUGUAUCAAGCAUAAAUCAAAAAAUUAUUUGGAGUUUUUGAGAGAUAUCUCAACUGAAACAAUCACUCUUGGAGACCUUUGAUUAGUUAACGGGGGGAGUCGCACUUUUGAAUUUUUCUUUAGGAAUUACUCGUAUCAGUUUCUCCAUACUGGACGACGCCAUCUUGAAUCAAGAAUAAGUCUAAAAGUUAUGGAGAUUUUUAGAGAUGUUUCAACAGAAGCAAUAACUAAUGGAGACUUUUGAUGGGUUAAAGGGGGUAGUCGCACUUUUGAAUUUUCUCUAGGUAAUAAUCAUGUCAGUUUCUCUAUACUGGACGCCAUCUUGAUGACACCUUAUAUCAAGCAUAAGUCCAAAAAUUAUUGGAGAUUUUGAGAGAUCUAUCAACUGAAGAAAGAACUCUUGGAGACUUUUGAUGGGUUUAAAGGGGGGAGUCGCACUUUUGAGUUUAUGAAAGUCGUAGAUAUUUAUGAUCUCAUUAUUUCUCUCCAAUAAAAUGCUACAUUUGUGUUUGAUUAGGUUUAUAUCAAAAACCUGAUUGAUUGGGUGCUCUCAGUCUAAUUGGAUAUCUUAAAUUUUAAAUUAAUUUAAUAAUAAAAAACCAUUUUUAAAAUCGGCGUGUUUUACUUGCCAAAUUUUUUCACACUUGUCAUCAUUUUUGACAUGGCACUUUUUAACACUGACUGAUAUAAAGAUUGAGCUCAUUUCUUUGAGAGAGUCUGUUUUGCUCGCUCAAGAGGCCAGGACAUUAUGCUCGAUAUAGAAAUCUAUAUACGGGUAUGAGCUAUAUAAGAAAAUCAAUAAAGAAAUAGUUACAUUGAAGGAAGAAAAUAGUAUAGAUAAUUUAAAUGAUAAAAUUUAA